GUCAGCCAACACACAGGUGUCAUACAGGUGCUAGAAAUCAGAGGGAGAGAGCAGCUCUGGACGUCACAGUCUGCCCUGAUCAGGUGUUUUAAACAACAUUUAACAUUAUUGGUGUGACUAUCCUGCAACCACAUGGCAAAAAAGCUACAGCGAAAGUUAUCACUGGAUUUGCCACCAGACUUCAAUGAAAAGAAUGUGGAUGAAUUGUGUCAGCUCCUCCAAACAUUGCAAGACAAAUUUAAAGAAAAAGGAAUCAAUGGCGUCAAGCUGAAAAAUCUCACUGAUGCUGAACAGAGGGAAAUGGGCAUUAGUAUCAGUGAACGAUAUUUCAAAGAACCAGGCAAGGUGUUUAAUGAUCCCAUCCACGGGCAUGUGGAGUUACACCCACUUCUCGUCAGAAUCAUAGACACACCUCAGUUCCAGAGGCUACGAAACAUCAAGCAGCUCGGAGGGGCCUACUAUGUUUAUCCUGGAGCAUCCCACAACCGCUUUGAACACUCGAUUGGGGUGGCGUACUUAGCAGGAGAGUUUGCACAAGCUCUGAGAUCAAGGCAGCCUGAGCUUAACAUCACUGAUAAAGACAUCCUUUGUGUGCAAAUUGCAGGACUUUGCCAUGACCUGGGACAUGGGCCCUUUUCCCAUCUGUUUGAUCAAAUGUUCAUCCGCAAAGCACGUCCAGGUAAAAAGUGGGAGCAUGAGGAAGCUUCUCUAAAGAUGUUUGAAUACCUGCUGGAUAAAAAUGGCUUGAAGGACAUAAUGAAGGAGCAGUAUGGCCUGGAGGAUAAGGACCUGGUCUUCAUCAAAGAGAUGAUUGGAGGACCUCAGAACACUAAUGCAGCUCAAAGAGAGGAGUGGCCAUAUGAAGGUCGAGGACAGGACAAGUCCUUCCUCUAUGAAAUCGUGGCCAACAAAAGAAAUGGCAUUGAUGUGGACAAGUUUGACUACUUUGCCAGGGACUGCCACCACUUGGGCAUCCAGAACAAUUUUGACCAUCGACGCUUCUUCCUGUUUGCCAGAGUGUGUGAGGUGGAUGGGGUGAAACAAAUCUGCUCUAGAGACAAGGAGGUGCACAAUCUGUAUGACAUGUUCCAUGCAAGGAGCUGUCUCCACAGAAAAGCCUACCAGCACCCUGUGAACAAGAUCAUAGAGCACAUGAUUGUAGAUGCCUUCUUAAAAGUUGAUCCAUACAUACAGAUUGAAGGAAAGGAUAAGAAGAUGUAUAAUCUCUCCACCGCCAUUGAUGACAUGGAGGCCUACACCAAGCUGACAGAUCGAGUGUUUGAGGCAAUACUCAGUCCUCCUUCUGGAAUAUAUUUUUGCAGCCCACAGGAGAAAGAGAUGAUGCAAGUUGAAGAAAAACCAGAGGUGAUAGAGGCAAGAAAGACCCUUCAGGGUAUCAUGACUCGAGACUUCUAUAAGUAUAUGGGCAAAAUGUCACAGAAACAGAAACCAAAAAAGCAGGAGAUUGACCAGUGGAAAGAGGAAUUAGCUAAAGCCAUCCCUGAGCUGAAAGCAGAACAUUUUGAAGUUGUGGUCAGCCCUGUGGAUUAUGGAAAAAAAGAGAAAGACCCGAUCAGCAAAGUGUAUUUCUACAGCAAGACUGAGCAUGACAAACCAUUCAAGAUCCCCAAAGGGAAGGUGUCCAGGCUUCUCCCAGAGCAAUUUUCUGAGCACUUCAUCAGGAUUUACUCAAAGGAAAACAUAACUAAUCUGGAAGAUGCCAGGAACUGUGUUGAUCUGUGGUGCAAAGAAAAGGAGAUGAUUUGCCAGUGGAAAGAGGAAUUAGCUGAAGCCUUUCCUGAUGGAUUUACACCAGAGGACUUUAAAAUUGAGGUCAUUCAUGAUGCCAACAGCAAAGUGGAUUUCUACAUCAGGUCAAAGCCUGACGAACCACUCAAUGUCCCCAAGGACAGGGUGUCCUGGCUUAUCCCAGUGGACUUUCCUGAGCUCUCCAUUAGGGUUUACUUGGAGAAUAAUAAAACAAGUCUGGAGGCUGCCAAGGAUGCCAAGAGGCACAUUGACCUAUGGUGCACAAAAAAGAUGAUUCGCCAGUGGAAAGAGGAAUUAGCUGAAGCCAUUCCUGACAGGUUGACACCAGAGGACUUUGAAGUUGUGGUCACUGAUGAUACCAACAGCAAAGUGGUUUUCUACAGCAUGUCAAACCCUGACAAACCACUCAACAUCCACAAUGACGGGGUGUCCAGUCAUAUCACACAGCACUUUCCUAAGCUCCUUAUCAAGGUUUAUUUUAAGAAUGAUGAUGACACAACUCGGGAGGAUGCCAAGGAGCACUUUGAACUGUGGUGCAAAAAAAAGGAGAUAAUUCACCAGUGGAAAGAGGAAUUAGCUAAAGCCUUUCCUGAUGAGUUUACACCAGAGGACUUUGAAGUUGUGGUUAGUACUGUGGAUUCAAAGAAGAGAAAUGAGGAUGACAAAAGUCAAGUGUAUUUCUACAGCAAAACUGAGCCUCACAAAUCAUUCAACAUCCACAGAGACAAAGUCUCCUGGCUUAUCCCAGAGCACUUCUCUAAGCAUUUCAUCAGGGUUUACUUGAAGAAUAACAAAACCAGUCUGGAGGAUGUUAAGAAUCAAGUUAAUCAGUGGUGCAAAAGAAAAGGAGGGAAACCCUGAUGAAAAUGUGGAAGAUGUGGAAGAUGUAGCUCCAAACUGAAAAAAGCAAAUACUCUCUGGUUCUUGCAUUGGUUCUAUAUGAUUGAAAAUUAUUAAAAAUGAGAUGAGAGUAUAAAUGAGAGUGGGUUGUUACAUAUUAAGGUCCUGUACUCAGACUUUCUCAAGUGCUGCCCAAUAUUAUACACAUAUUUAUAUGUAUACAUCUUCAGCUUUGUUUUAGACUACUGUCUCCAUCUGCAGCUGUACAUGUCACAUUUUAAACUGAUUCACUCUUUUAUACCAUGUGUGUGCUAAAAGCACAUCUUCAUGACACAGCACGUUCCAGGGCUUUGUUUCAUUGGGCCGUCAGUUCUAUUUAUGCCUCUUCAUCUUUGCAUAACUGAGCUUUCAAAAGAGGUAACUCAAAUCUGCAAACAAAAGUACAACUGUGUGACUGUAAAGUAAUAAAGCUCUACCUACAUGUGUGAUGGAGUCUAACAUUUAAAGUGAACGUUUAAUUUGUGGUUUGGGAGAUUUUUUAAUAUUUAGUCGUAUUUGCUUUUAUUGUUAAUUGUCUGAGUUAACAUGGAAAUCUGAAUAGAUAUUACUUGAGUUUGAAUGAUUUUGAUCAGAGGUUGUUUUGGUGAUUGUUUUAUUUUACUGUAUCUUUGUUCAUUUACAACAUUUAUUGUUACUUAGUCACUUUCAUUUUUUAUUUGUUUUUGAAUCAGUUUUAUUGGUGACAUUUUAUUUCAACUUGUUUUGCUCUGAAUACAUAUACCUUUUGAAAUCAGCUCAAUCAAUGAGAAAUAAGAAUUCAAUAAUUAUGAUUAUGAUUACAUUAUAUAUAUAUAUAUAUAUAUAUAUAUAUAUAUAGUAUGUGUCUUUCUUCGAUGUAACCACCUCAUGAAAAUGGUUAAGGCAAAGUUUGGGUAUCAUGUUUUGCUCAUUGUGUGAAAAUUCAUUAUAUUUUUAGUAUGUAAUGGGACUGUAAAGGGAAACCUGCCUAAGGUUAAUAGAACCCUUCAAUUUUAAUCAUAUCAAGAUAGUCUGAUAAUAGAUUGUUUCUAUUCUAUUUGAAAUAAAUACCUAUUUGUUGUGUCUUUGUGCAGUUAAACUUGUCCAACACCAGAGGGAAUCAUAUACUUGUUUUCUGCAGUAGCCCAGGAAUGGAGACAGAGUUCAACUAUAGAAAUAACUUUAAUUGUUAUGACACAAUAUAUAAAGUAGUCCUGAAAUAAAUAUUUUCUCUUACCUUGAGCCACAGUAUUUUUUGGUAUUUUUAAUUUGUGCAAAAGAGGGACUUCAAGUAUAUGAAGACCCAAAAUGUACAAUAUUGCAUAAAUAAAAAAGAAAUUAGUGGCCACACAUAA